UUAUACAGGGCGCAAUAUACAGUCAUUGCGUUACAAUGGUAUAGGAGUUAUUCAUCUGAAGAAAGGAUGGCUUCUGAAGAGCUUAAUAAUUCAAUUGCAAGCCUUAUGGUUUUAAUUUUAAUAAUUAAAUUUGUAGAGAAAGCCAUCUGCAAGGCGUUCGAAGCCUGACAUGGCAGCCUUGGUAGAUCAGCAAAGAUUCUUCGAAUCCUUGUGGUCUAGGAAGCCAAUACUUCAAUUGGAUUCACUUGUGCCAGUAGUGACACUGCACUCAACAUCAUUCUCCUCUUCUGGUGAUUCAGAUAUUACACAAAGUAAUACAAACUCUGUCAUUAAAAUUGAUGAAGAUGAUGAUCUACCAUUAUCUACAUUUUUACCACUAAAAUCAAUUCCUUUAACGAACAAUAGUAAUAAUAAUAAUAAUAAUAGUAAUAAUAAUGAUCAUAGUAUGAAUCAUAAAGAUGAAAUUGUUCAUCCAUUAUGUCAGUGUACAAAACCUGCUGUUUUAGAUGAUCCAAGAUGGGAUGGACAAUUUUGUUCACCUGAAUGUUUAAUACGUGUUUGUCAUGAAGCAUUUAAUGUUUGGCUAGAAAAUCAUCAUUGUGUAAAAGAGGAUACUGUGAUUGAACAUUGAGAAGCCUGAUCAAAACAAGAACAAAGUCAACUCUACAUCUCUAGUAUUAUUAGUUCAGUUGAAUCUCAGUUUGUAUAUAGUAUAAAUAAUGUUUUGUAAUUGUUUUAAUCAGUGCUGUGUUAUAGUAUAUUUGAAAAAAAAACAAAUAAAUGCUGAUCAGUUUGUCAAGUUUAAAUAUAUAUAUGUACAAAUGUCUGUUUAUAUUGAUUGUUUGAAGAUGAAAAAAAGAAAGAAAUUUUUUGUUAAUUUCUUUUCUUUAUAAAAAUCUCUUGAAUUUCGUUAUUCUUUUCACUCUAUAGCAUAACAUACUUUUAUAUAUUUCAAGAAAAAACAAAACUGAGGUACAAGGAAGCAUAUUUAUUAUGACAUCUUGUACAAUAUUGAUAAAGUAUUGUACACAUCCUAUUGAAAUAGUCAUUUGUACAGUAUACCUCAUUUCCUCUUCUGCUUCUAUCUUGAUUUACUCUUAAUGCAUCCAUAUUGUUUCUUGCAUUCUUCUGGGCAGAAUAUUUACCAUUUUCUGGUAAUUGCCUAUGAUUUCUGCCGCCUCCUCUACAUAUGCUACUUAUAUCCACUCUUGUCAGUAGCACCUACUGCACUAUGAUUGUGUGAAAUUGAAAAAGAAUUAUAUAAUUCAAACAUGCAAAGUAGAUCCAUAUGCUGAACUAUGAACCGAAUGUAUUGUCUGAAGGCUUGUAAUACUACUAAUCAGUUGGUGAAGUCAAAGUAAGGUAAAGGGAUAUUUGAACCGCUUAUCCAUUGCUUGAAAAUCGGAUACUUAAUCCAAUGAUCCACCAUCUGUUCUAUGAAGAAUUUCAGAUAAUUAGCACAAGUUAAUACAAUGAAGAGAAAAGUUUCUUUCUAGAAAGUCAUUUUCAUCAACAAAGUUCUAGAAGGAGGUGGUUAUGUAGGCCUCACAAUGCACAAUCUUUCCAAAUCCAUCUAGGAGGACUAUCCUGCUUGGAUGUUCACAGGAGGAAUGCAGGUCAAGAAACAACUCCGUCCUAAGCAAUUUAAUCUAUCCUAGUAACAUCACUUGCCUACAGUCUUCUUUCAAAUCCUGUACAAACUCAAAGCAAAUAACUCACCACUUGUGUGUAUAAUAGAGGAGCUGGCAACGUAACAAUCAAAGCCUGGGCUCUGUGUGCACAGAAGAGUUAUACACACAUUCUUAUUUCACCAUGGUCUUUGAUUUUCCUCAUUGUUUCAAUAUUCAUCUCACCCUUAUUGACUGAUUAUUGUUAUUAUUUUCACUUAAUGGGUUACUUUUCUACAUCAAUAAUCGGUUAGUUCCGAUUUCUCAUUUUAGUUCUCGCAAUAUUUUUAUCAUCCUAAUAAUUACCGUCAUCAGUGUUAUUACUUUCUAGCAUAUUAGUUAUCACCAUAAUCGACUGAAUACUUUUCCCUGUAUAAUCUCUUCCUAAGUGUAGAAAUG